AUGUUACUUUUCUCUAACUCGGCAGUUUUGCCACGGUGGUGUUGCCCCAUGUUUCUAAAGAUGGGCGUGCGGUAUUAUGCUGGAGGCCCGAGGAUAAAACAUAAAAGAAACUCUCCAUUAGCUUCAGUGCCUUCAAGUAAUAGUAAUAAAGGCAGCAAACAGAAAGCUAAAGGCAAAAAAAUUAACAAGAAGAGUGAUCCCGACCAGGCAUUCAAUUUUGGACAGUAUGGCGGGUUAAAAAAAGAUGUUGACAUAGAUAUGAGUGAUGCUAGUAAACUGAUUCAAAAGAUAUCAAAUUUUGAUCAAUUGCUCAUAUUGCCAUCUGUUAGGGACGCUGUAAAAGAAAUUAUCUCCAGCGAAUCUUUGAAACUCCAAGAUGAGAAAAAAAAAGUAAGUAGGAGUAUAACACCAAGUCCUAUACAAACUGUGGCCAUCAAAAAGAUCUCCAAGAAUUUGAUGGACCCAAAACUACAACUACAUGCUAUUGCCGCGGAAACAGGUUCAGGUAAGACCAUGGCCUACUUGAUACCUUUGAUAGACUAUUUGAAAAGGCAGGAGUUAGAAACUCCACAACUAUGGGAAACGCUAAGAGAAAAAACCUUGAUUCGCUCCAUCAUACUUGUACCUACACAUGAAUUGGUUGACCAAGUAUAUGAAACCGUCUCCAAGACGAAAUCCUCUUUGGGUUUAAACUCAUUCAAAUGGGAUAGGGCCACAUCGUAUCACGAUUUAUUGGAGAAUAUAAAGAACAGAAUAGAUAUUCUGGUUACCACCCCAGGAAAGCUAUUAAACCUUUUUUCCAUUAGAAUGAUUACUAGACCUGAUAAAAUCUUGUCCAAAGUCGGCUUCGUAGUACUGGAUGAAGCUGAUACUCUUCUGGAUAGAUCAUGGCUUGAGGAAACCCACUCCGCCAUAAAAAAAAUUCCUAACAUUAAUCACCUUAUUUUCUGUUCUGCUACCAUUCCUCAAGAGUUUAACAAGACAAUGCAAAGACUUUUCCCCACGGUAAUUCCUAUAAUGACACCUAGACUGCAUAAGCUACCAUUUACUUUGGACUUUAAAGUUAUAAAUUCUGCUUUAAGCCCUUUCAAGGGUUCUAAAAUUAAGGCACUGGCUCAAACUCUAUAUGCCAUUUCAAAUGAUGAUACUGAACCAGGGUUCGAAAAAAGAUGUAUCAUCUUUGUUAACGAAAAAAAACACGUGUCCGAAAUUGUGAACCUGUUAAACAACAAAUUUGGUCACAAUGCCUUUGGUUUAACUGGUGAAGAUACUUCUGAAGAAAGAUCGGAGAAAAUUAAGCCCUUUUUAUCAGCACCCAGGCCACUUUCGGAAAUAGCUCCUUCAAAUGCUUCAUCAGAAACUUCUUGGAGAAAACGUGAAAUUCCUGAUUCUAACAUCGUCAUUGGAGAAAUGAGAAGGACAAAAUCAGAUGCUGGUGUUCCCACAAACAAGUCCAUGCAUGUACUUGUAACCACAGACCUUAUGGCAAGAGGGCUUAAUUUCAAAGGUGUACGGAACGUUAUUCUCUACGAUGUACCUAAAACGUCAAUAGAUCUGAUCCAUAGAGUGGGCAGAACUGCUAGAAUGAAACAAGGUGGCCGCGUAUUUAUGUUAACUGACAACAAAACAAAAUCUUGGGCCAAGGCUCUUCCCAAGAUAAUCAAAAAGCAUCAAAGGUUAUCAUGA